AUGCAAAAGCUCACUAGGCAAGGUCCUUUCGAGUCUGCCAUACUGCGGUUCGAGAUCACCUUUCCUUCAGCGUAUCCGGAUGUGGCCCCUGUCGUAACAUUCUCUACCGAUGUCUUUCACCCGCUCGUUGUACCUCUGACCCAAUAUACCUUCAGCACCAGUGCACCCGAGUCCACUGGCACCGUCAGCGCAUCGGACGAGUAUCGUGUGCCGCCUGGCUCUUUCAGCCUGCGGCAUGGCUUCCCUCAGUGGUUCCGUCAUGGGACGAUAGCCCGUAGCAGUUUAGAAAACAAGUUUGAGCUCGAACCAACAGGAGCGCUAUCAGCAGAAAGUGCGGCUAGCGGGCAAGAAACGCUUACAGACACUUUAGACUCGCGAAAGAUCACGUUGCAGCUUCUGCAUCACAUCAAGCAGUCGUUCGAAGAUGCGGAAUUCUUAGACAACCUCCCAUUUGCAGUGGUGGGGAACCCUAGCGCGUGGCAUUCGUGGCGGGCUUAUCGUGGGCUUGCCAGAAGCCAGACUCGCGGUCGGAGUCUGGGAGACGACGAGCCGGCAGAAAAGCCUCCGUCAUCACCGAAGCAGAUGAGCGACUGGAACUGGGAUGGCGUUUGGGAAUCUCGAGUACGCAAUGGGAUCGAUUCCAGUAUCAGCGAAGCCGGUCUGUUUACCAAUCAGGGUCUGGUCAGGUUCGCGAAGCUCGACAAGGAGCAGCUCGAUGCGAUCCGCCAACAAAUUCGCGCAAGCUAG